CUCUGUUGCUUUUUAAAGUUCAUGGAAUGUCCCAAUAACCUGUAACAACAAAUAUUGAUGGGAAAAGGUGCAAAAGUGAGACAGACUGAAUUAGUCCAAACAAAAAGGCCUCCUGAUAUAACACAAGGACUGUGUUAAGGUCAUGCCUGGUAAACAAGAGGCGUAGGGGACCGGAAAUCAGUGAACUCAAAUUAGUGUGUCAGAAACUAGGCCUAACUGGUGGACAAAAUAAUGAGGGGAUGGGCUAUUCCACCCACCAUUCCCUUUUGUGGGUCCUUAAAGAAAGAGGCUUGGGGAGAAAAAUUGGCUACUGGAGUGAGCUUCAUCAUCUGGGCUGCUACCCCCACCAACUCCUGGGACCUCAGACCUUCUUCAUCCUAAUCCUGAGACGUGUUCUUACUGGACCAGGCCAGAGAGAGGGAGCCGGAUGGCAUCGCCACCUCCUCCAGCAUCAGCUAGAUCCCAACCAUCACCUAGAAAGAGAUACCAACCAGCCAUGACCAUCCUGCAUGUCCUCUUUCCUGUUCUCUUGUUGCUGCUACUGGCAGCUCCAGGAGAUGGGACCCUUUUACAUCUGAUAGACUCAUUGGCUUGCAAGGUGAAGCAUGGCAGGUGCAAGAAAGAUUUCUGCUUUCUGAACGAGAGGCGGAUUGGGAUGUGCAUCUUCCGUAGUCGGUUCUGCUGCAGAAGGAAGAAAUAAAGAGCCUGCAGACCUGAUCGCUAAGGAAGAGCCAGUGGCGAGUUGGAGUCUCUAGGGAGAAGGACGUGGAACAGAAGGGCUGGUGGCAGCAAGAGGAAUAAUUGCUGAUCUCUGUUAGAUACAAGCUAUUGCUGCUGCUUCUUCCUUUAAUUUCAAACAAAACUCAGGGCCGUGAGUGUGUCGUACAUUUUCCUCUGCUACUGUUGUAAUUAUCGUCUAGAUAGUCCCAAAUUCUGGCUCCCCAGGAAAUUUAGGAGCCUGUGACACCUGACUCUGGAUCCAGAGAUGUAUUUUGCAAAUGGCCUCAU